AUGGUUGGUGUGUCUCUCUCCUCAAUUCACGCCUCCUCCUUCUUCCUUGCAGACACGGAGACUCUUCGGAAAGACUACAAACAGGACACGAAGAUGGCGUUUGUGAUGAAGGCGAUCUACACGAUGGCUUGGGGGCUUCACAACAUGCAGAGGGCGCUGUGCCGGCCGGGCCAAGGGCUGUGCAAGGCCAUGCUGCCCAUCAACGGCUCGCUAUACAUGGACUACCUCAUGAACGUCACCUUCUCCUACCACGACGAGACGGUCACCUUCGACUCCAGGGGCGACCCCCCGGGAAGGUACAACAUUAUGAACUACCAGCUCCGCGCGGACGGGAGUUACGAGUACGUGUUGGUCGGCAUGUGGGACAACGGGACGCUGGAUAUCAAUCACACGCUGGUCGAGUUUAACACCCUGGACAGCCAACCCCCGAUCUCCGUGUGCUCCGACCCGUGCAGAUACAACGAGUUCAAGAGCGGGGACGGCACGCAGAUGUGUUGCUGGGUGUGUACGCCGUGCCUCGAGAACCAGUACCUCAAGAACGAGACGGCAUGCGAGGACUGCCAGCCAGGAUACACCCCCAACCUGAACAUGACGGGGUGUGACGCCAUCCCCGUGGAGCACCUCACCUGGGACGCCCCGGAGUCCAUCGCGUCGCUCACCCUGGCGUGUCUCGGCCUGCUGGCGACCUGCUUCACCAUGACAGUCUUCAUCAAGUACAACCACACGCCCGUCGUCAAGGCCUCUACAAGGGAGCUCUCGUACAUCAUCUUCGUGGGCAUGAUGGUCUCUUACUGCGCCACUCUGCCGCUGCUCGCUCGCCCCUCGCCCGUCGCCUGCGCCGCCUCCCGUGUGCUGCCCGGCCUCUCCUUCGCCAUGAUCUACGCGGCGCUCGUCACCAAGACAAAUCGGAUCGCCAGAAUACUCGCCGGUAACAAGAAGAUCACGAUGCGCAAACCUAGAUUCAUGUCGGCUACUGCGCAGGUGGUCAUCACGUGCGGCCUAAUUGGAAUCGAACUGGGUAUCAUCAUUGCCAUGCUCAUCCUUGACCCACCGAACAGCCGCCAUGACUACCCGAAUCUUGACCAGGUGAUGCUGGUCUGCAACACCACCAACCGCGCCAUCAUCGCCCCGCUGGCCUGGGACUUCUUUCUGAUCCUGAUGUGCACCGUGUACGCCGUCAAGACCAGGAACCUCCCAGAGAACUUCAACGAGGCCAAGUUCAUCGGCUUCUCCAUGUACACCACCUGCGUCAUCUGGCUCGCGUGGUUCCCCAUCUACUUCGGCAGCCGACACAAGAUCAUCUGUAUGAGCAUGUGCACCUCGCUCAGCGCCCUCGUCACCCUCGUGCUGCUCUUCUUUCCCAAGCUCUACAUCAUCCUCUUCAGGCCCGAGAAGAAUGACAGGUCGGCCUUCAAGACGGCCAAGACGGUGCGCUGCCACAUCGGCUCCUCCAACAAGACCAGCCUCUCGCGACCCUCGGACACCACCCCCAGCGCCGCCGUCGAGAGCAUGUACGUGGGCUCCGCUAUGCUGGGCCUCAUGCCUCCCCAGCUCACCCUCAUGCAGCGGCUCAAGACUUCCCUGGCAGCGGCGCCCUUCCUCGCCUCUGCCACAGCCGGAGCCCACGCCCGCAGCACACUCAAGAGGGAGAUCAGCGUGUGGAGCGACGCCAGCGGCAGCGGCGGGGGGGCGGCAGCCUCGGCCCGGGACGCAAUGCUGAGGCGGGCGUACGGCUCCCAGCUGGACCUGUCAGGCGAGGCGUGGAGCGGCGUGUUGCGGGAGGAGCGGGCCUGCCAGACCACGGAAGACCUGCUGGACUCCCUCAUCCCUCGGCUGCGGCGGCGCGUGGUGCGCGCCGUGCGGGAGAACAAGCUGGACGCCACCGAAGGCCGCGAGUUCUUUUCCCUCACCCACGGCUGGAUGACCUCACAGGCUGAGGCGGCGAGGAACGAGAUGCGGAGGGGAGACACAGACCCCGAGAAGGUGGCCACCGCUGCAGCCGCCAUCGCCGUCGCCGCCGCCGCUGCAGCUGCCUCGGUCACCACAGCUGCUGUCACCACCACCACCACCACCACCACUGCCGCCUCCACCACCACCACUGCCACCACACGAUCUUAUCCAAGUUCUGUGCACCCCAACACCCCUGCCGCCACCACCUCCACGACCUCCACACAGUCUGACCACCCAACUACCACCACCACUUCCACCAACACCUCCACCACACCCACGGAACAUAGCACACCAGCCCUUGUCAUUACCACCGUUGCUGCUGCCACUACCCCCGCCUCCAUCACCACCACCACCACCACCACAUCCUUCAUCACUACCCCCACCACACAGAACCAUAUCAUCACCAUUACCACCACCCCGACACCCACCACAAACAACAGCAGCGGCAACAACAACAACAAUACCACCUCCAUCACCACCAGCAAUAACAGUAACAACACCAACUCCUGCACAGUCGUUCCGGCAAGGCCCCCCCACCCGAGCGCUCCAUGCCCUGAAGCCACCACCACCACCACCACCACCACCACCUCCACCUCCACCUCCACCUCUACCACCCCCUCCACAGCCAUCACCUCCACCAAUCAUCACCAGGGCGAGGCGGGACCUGCCCUCCCCGCUGCUACCACCACCACCCCGCACCCCACCAUGAGGCCGGCCGCCUCCCAAACCCCCGUCACUGGCCGUGCCUGGAGCCAGAGGGCGGGUGAGGGCAUGAGGGCGGGCGAGGACAACGGUGGGGAGAGGCAGUGCGUGACUAGGGUGCGGGAAGUAUCAACAGUAGGGAGGGUGAACGGCGAAGAGGCCGCUGGAUGUCAGGGUGUCAGUGAGAGUGACGGGGCGGGGCUGAUGGCAGGAGACGGGGCGCUGCGUCACCCUGACGAGGCUCUCGGCGUGGAGUGCCAGGGACGUGUUCUGGAGGGUGAAGGCCCCGGCGAGGCGGGGUGGGCUCCGCCGCUCUGCUCCGCUGCCUCCAAGCAGUGCUCGGGUGAGCGGAACCUCGCCUUCGUGGGGUACGCUCCGCCCAUGCCGUGUGUGGCGGGUGGCGGGGACGGCGCCGGCGGGUGGACGGCAACUCCAGACCCUUCGACUGGUCACGUGCCGAUGGCCGAGGCAACGAUGGAGGGGGCGGCGUGGGGCGGCGGGGGUGACUGCGAGAAGCUGCUGGUAGAGGUCAAGCCGCGUGGGGCGCGGCGAGUGGAGGUGCUGGGGCGGCGGGAAGGGCGCCACCGCCGCCGCAAGGUAGGCGUGACGGCGCGCGUGGCGGACGUGCGCGGCAUCCUGCGCUGCGUCGCCUUCCCCAGGACAGACAAGACUGCGAGGGUGUCAUUUGACACGCCCGCCGCGAAUGAGUCCGCGACAAACCGGGUGGGCCAGCCGCGACCCCCAAGGUCUCGGCAGGACUCGGGUGACAGCGGGGAGCAGGAAGCGCCCUUCAGCAUCCUGGAGGAGAGCGACGCUGAGGCCUCCGACAGCUGCGAGAUGAAGACCAUCAUCAUCAGGCUGGGCAGCGGCGGCGGCGAGGAGGAGGGCGUCGGCAGCAAUGGCGGCAGCGGCGGCGGUGGCAGUGAGGGUGGCGGCGGCCGGGGACGCGGCCCCUUCAUCAACUGGCGCCCCCGCCUCGGCAGGAACCAUCCGGCGCUGUCCCGCCCCAACGCCGCCACCCCGCGGCACACGGCGCCCCGCCCCGGCCCACGCCCCGGCCCAUCCCAUCCCAACCAGCGCUCCUCUGAGCUGGUCAUACUCGACCUCCUGCGUCGCAACAAGGGCCAGGGGGCACGACUCCCCUCACCCCCUCCCACCUCAGAGCCUCCCCUCGACCAGAUAAUCCUUCCUCCCCCCCGCCAGUACUCCCCCGCCGCCGCCCACCACCACCCGCCCCUCCACAAUCAUGUCCACACGGAGCUCCCACCCGCCUCCCCCAUCCACGACACGGACGACGGCAGCACCACGCCCAUCGAGGAGUUCUUCCUGAACCACGGCGUGCGUUUUGACGCGACCUCGGCCACCUCCAAGAAGCUGUAG